AGUUUUCAGUCCUCGUGUCCUCCAUUGUAUGCUCAGCCCCCUAAAGCUCACAAGCAAUCUACUAGCCCCUACGCCUUAGCACCUCUGAGCGGCUCUGAAAGGCGAGGCGCCAUUGGCGGUGCUCGUUGCCGUCAUGCGCGCUGACUAGCCCUGAGCAGAUGAUGUUUCCGCCCGCAGCUUCGCCCGUAGCACAGCCUUUAGCUAACCCUUUAGCAAAGCCAUUAGGACAGGCCGGAGCGCCGGUAUGGGCGGUAAAGCCUCGUAGUGUCAACUGUAGCUCUCCCGACUCGGUUCUCCAGACUAGUUGCUUCGACCGCGGCGGUUCGGACUCCGACGAUUCUAGCUUCUCGCCUUCCACUCUCGCCGACGAUCUUCCUAUGAGCCAAAGGUAUUCCCGAGGUGACACCACGCCAGGCGACAGCACCUCCAAAAUCCACGCGCUUCUCGCUACCAACCGAUCAGGCUCGGGAUCCAGCCGAACCUCAGGCUCGGUCUCGAAGCGCCACGUCGGCACGCGGACUGCGGGGAACCAGAAUCGCCCGCCCCAGCAAGAUACGGACAUAAAUCGGUACCGCCCGCCUCAGAAAGUCGCCGAUUGCGAUGCCGACGAGGUGCGAGUUCGGCUCUUUCCCGCCGCUGCCGCGCCAGGGGACUAUCCACGGGCGCCAGCGGAAUCUGGAGGAGGCGCAAGCGCGGCCACGAAGCCGCCCUCCCCGCUCUUCCGCUCGCAGCCUUCCCCGCGCCUUCGGCCGCCUUCCCCACGGUCUGCUUCCCCCCGCUCGCCGGCAGCCAAGGGCGGCGGGCCCUGGUCCGCGGAGGCGGCAGCGCGCGAGGCGAUGAGCGGAAAGACUCUGGCGGGGAAUGUCGGCGGCGGCGGUUCGGCGGAGGGGAGGUGGGCGUGCGUGUGGGACAGCGUGGAGUCGCGUGACGGCGUGGCGGCCGGCGCGUCUCCCGGAGCGCAAGCUGAACUACUCGUCGCUAGCGCCGACAAUGCCGCCAUUGCCGUCAACGGUGGCGUUAUUGGCGGCGUUACUCACGGCGUUACUCACGGCGCCCAUUACGAGCUCAGCCAAUCGAGCGGCACCCGCACCCAGCGCAAGACCCAGCAGAACCAGUCCUUGCAAAUCGGCGUGCGCCGCCUCCCCUCCCCCGCCGUCGGCCCCCCCGCUCUCCGCGACGAUCCCCGCGCGCGCGCGCGGAGCCUCGGAGUGGUUGCGGGCGGCGGGGGCGGAAACGGCGUGAUCUCGCCCCGUCCACGUGGCAGCAUCCUACUGGCUCCACCGCUUGACGUCAGCACCAUCAAGUCCCCUGGCCAACAAUCAAUCAGCCCGCUAAUAUCUCCGCGUCAGCUUGACGAGAGCGACUACGCCGCGCCAGCUCAGCAUGACGUCAUCGACUGGGACAGCGCGAGCGGCGGAAGCGGCGGGGGAAUGCCCUUGGGAGAGGAGAAUCUGAUCGCAGCGGCUGCGGCGGCGGCGGCGGCGGUUGCGGCGGCCACUGCUGCCUACGGCGAAACGGCUGGACGUCAUUCCGCUGCUGCUGCUUCUGCUGCGGCUGGUGCUGGUGGCGAUGCGAGUGCUUCUUAUUAUGGCGUACCAACGGAUUACGUGCCCGCCCCAACGGCAUUGCCAGCGAGACGGCCCAGUACUGAAGCAUGGAAUAACGGAUCCUCGAAUGCUUUAAAGAGCCCCCUUCGGCACCCGCAGCAGCACCCGCAGCAGCACCCGCAGCAGCAGCACCAGCAGCAGCAGCACCAGCAGCAGCAGCACCAGCAGCGCCCCCAGCGCUCCACUUCGCUCGGCGCUGCUGCACUGGCAGCCGCUGAUUGGCUGCGCUCCCCCACGGGGGUGGCUCGGCGGGGAAGCGUCUCCCCUUCCGCCGUGCAUCCGCUUCCGCCGCCCCGCACCACCACCAUUGGCGCUACUGGCAGAAGCGGGGAAGCGGAAGAUCUGCGCGCGGAAGCUCCAGGCGGAGGGUUGCGCGGAUGUGGGGCGAUGGAGGGGUAUGACGAGGGGUUGGGGGAAGGCACGGGGGAGGUUCUCCGCAGCCGCGUCCGUCGCUCUUAUAACGCGGACGAUAGCAACGAGGACGACGGCCCCGUCAUAAUGACGUGCAGGUUUUUCCCCAGGAGGAGCACGUCGCGUACGUCUCUUAACGGAGGCGGCAGUAGGGACAGUGUUUCAGGCGGGAGUGUGCGUGAAGGGAAAGACGAUAAGCACAGCAGGAAGCCCAAACGAAGCAUCUCUUGGGGGGGAUGGAUGAAGGGAGGGGGGGGCGCAGGCGGAAGGGAAGCAGAGAAGGGGGGAGGAGGAGCAGUGAAGGGAGAAGGAGGGGCUGGGACGGCUGGAGAGAUUAAUAGAGGGGAUAGGUUUGGCUAUCAGGCUGAGCCUCAGCAGAAAGGGGCGCUUAAUGGACGCAGUGAAGAGGUUCUUAACGCGUACAAGGCUCUUACUCAGCAGUGUGCCACGUGGAACCAGCUCCAUGCCGCCAGCAACGACGUCUCACCUGCUGCUGCUGCUGCUGCUGCUCCUGCUCCCGGCGCUGCGGCUGCCGAAGCUGCUGCUCUCGCCGAAGCAAGCACCCAAGCCUGCCGCCUAGCCUUGGCAGCGGAGUCCGAAGCAGCGGUGAGUUUUUCCCAAGUCAUGAGCUUUGCAGGCUCGGUAACCACCUCUCAGCAGUGUGGCUCCAACUUUCGCACCCGCUCCCGCCCCCACUCUCCUGCUGUGAGCUAUGGGUGGCCGUUGAAGCAUGAUGAGGUGAGGAGAGAGAGCAAGAAGACGAUCCGAGCGAAGAAAGGGGGCAAGGGGGGAGGGAGAGGGAGCGAGGAAGGGGGGGAGGGAGAGAGAGAGGAAGGGGGGAAUGGCACGCAAGAGCAGCCGCGGCAUGAGGAGGAGGAGCAGCAGGAGCAGAGGGAGCAGCAGGAGGCCGGCCGAGCAGCAGCAGCAGCAACAGCAGCAAAGGGUGCGCGGCUGCAAGUGGUUGAAGAUGCGGUUAAGGUGGCAAAGGCAGCAGUGGAGCAAGGGGCGCUGCAGGGAGCGAAUGUGGCGACGCUGGUGGGGCACUACAACUCGCUGCUGCGGCUGCAGAAAGAAAUGGAGCAGCAGGGGAGGGCGGAGGUGAGGGAGAAACUGCAAAUGAAGGAGGAGAGGCAAGGGCCGCUGCAAGGGCAGGAGGGGGUGCCGGCACCGCAGGUGGAUGUGCUGAGCGGGCAGAUACCAGCGGCGCAGCAGCAGCAGCAGCAGCAGCAGCAGCAGCAGCAGCAGCUACAGCAGGAGAGGGGGGUAAACAAGGACCUCUCUCAGCAGCAGCAGCAGCAGCAGCAGCAGCAGGAGAAGCACCCCUAUCCGCAGCCACAGCAGCCGCAGCAGCAGAGGCAGGUGCGCAGCGAUGAGGAGAGAGCAAGGAGGGCAGCUCCCAGGCGCUCUCUCUCGCUCACUGCCGCCAACUCAGCAUCCUUCAACGGAACGUCGGCUAGAGCAUCAGCAUCAGCACUAGCAGCAGAGCAGAACCCCCUCCGCUCCCUCCUUCACGCCAAGCCGCCGUCACCAACAUCAGGCAUACCUACCACCCACACCACCCACCCCCACCGCAUGCAAGCCGGGUCAACCACUGGGAAGACUAAAUCAACAGCAACAGCAUCAGGCACAUCGGCAUCGGCAGCAUCAGCAUCAUCUGCCUCUCUCGCAUCUCUUGCUCCCCCCUCGCCCCGCUCUCGACCCUCCCCAAGCAGAGCAGGCAGCAGAGGAGGCAGCAUCGGGAACAGCAGGCUGCAGCAUAGUGGCCAGCACCAGCAGCAGCAGCAGCAUCAGCAGCACCACCAGCACCACCAGCACCACCAGCAUCACCAGCAGCAGCAUCAGCAGAACGAUCAGCACCACUCCCGCAGCAUCCUUGCUCGAGUCACUCCUGCUUCCUCUUCCUCGUCUUUCCUUGAUGCCGAACAUGGCUCCGGCACUGAUGGUGGUGCGACCCGCUCUGCUGCUACUGGCUUCCCCAAUUCUGCAGCUGCUGGGGCUCGAGCUUUCGCCUAUACUGCUGGUGCUGGUGGAAGUGGUGGUGCUGGCAGUGCUGCUGCUGCUGCGGGGUUGCCUGCCUGGAAAAGAGCGGCCACCGCAGCACUCAUGGCUGCUGCUUCAGCUGCAGCAGCAGAAGCGGCAGCAGGUGCUGAUGGUGGGGUUGGUGGGGAGAGUGUUAGAGAUGGGGUUACGGACAGUGAGUGGCGCAUGAGCGAAUCGUCGUUUGAUGCCAGCCUGGCCGCCUCAGCAUCCACGGACCGCCAGAGCUGGAGUGCCUCGUUGGGUAAUCAUGGAGAGGGGAAGGGGAGUGAGGGGUGUGAAGCAGAGGCCUUGGGGGGGGGAAGCUGGGCGGAAUCCAGGAUGGAGGCUUUAAGAGAAAAGGGAGAGAGAGAGGAAGAGGAGGAGGUGGAGGAGGACGAGGAUGAGGAGAGUGAGGAUGAGGGCAGGGAAGGGGAGCAGGAGGGGGGUGUGGAAGAGGAGGCGGAGGAGGAGGAGGUGGGUGGUGAGGAGGAGCAGCAGCAUGACUAUACAAUGACGCUGGACCAUACUGAAGGCGUUUCUUCCAACGAUGAAGCCGUACUCAGAGCAAAUUUUAACCCUUACACAUGUAGCAUGGUUGGCCAUCCCAUUCACCUGCAGCAGCAGCAGCAGCAGCUAGUGUGGCUGGAUCAGUUGCAGCAGCAGCAGCAGCUGAUGCCUGUGCCUGUGCUGCCGGGUCUUGCGGAUCAGCACAUUCGUCCCACAAACCCCUUUCUUGAGGUGAUUGGAGGGGGUGUGGAAAAGCCCAUUGGUUACGAGGGGGUGAACACGGGUCACGGCAGAAGCCCGUAUUCCAGUGACGGUACAACGAGCAGGAGCAGCAACAUCAACAACAGCAGCACGAGCACUGGCAGCAGCAGCAGUGGUGGGAGCAACAGUGGCAGCAGCGGGAACAAUAGAGAGGUUGGGGGGAAGAGUAUCAGUGACCACGCUGAACACAUGGAUGAGAACGCAAUUAAAUCCCACACAAUACGCAGCAAGGCCUUACAAUAUGAUGGCAAUGCCUCGGACGGGGCUGUUAGAGCUGGAAUAGCACAGCAACAGUCCUUGGAAGUGGAAGAGAAGACGGUAGGUUUGUCGAGGCCUCGUCGAGUUUCAUUUAAUCGUGUGGUGCGAGUGAGAACAUUUACUCGUGUUAACACCCCCUACGUAGAUUUGGAGGCAUGUCGUUGACGUGCCAUAGUUUCCUCCAGACAGUUGACACUAAUAUGUCUCCCACAAGUUUUGAAUGGUUCAAUGUACCCGUCUCUGCAUCUUACUUCUAU